UUUUAGCGUGAAGCCCACGAGGUCGCCUUUUGUGGGUCCCUUCCCUCUCUCUCUCUCCGUAUCGUCUUCAGCCUCCAAAACCCACCCAAACGGCGAGAGCCACCGUUCCCUUAGACCGAGUCAAAAUCGAUGAGACAACAAUGCUCUGUACCUUUAACGGUUUGAUAAUAAUCAUAAUUAACUCGCAAAAACCUUUCUUCUCCACAAGCUCGCCAUGACCCUCCUCUCUAGAUUCUUGGUCACUAAAGUGGUUACCAGAUACACACAAUCUCUCUACUCUAACCACAAACAUGGAACCUCUGUUAAGUUCUCUCUAGUUCUCCCUCAGUUCCGAAAUUUCAGUCAAAAUCAUUCAUUGUCCCUUGUCACCAGUGGUAAAGGAACAUCUCUAUGUAGUCGUCUUCUCUCACGAAGCUACGUAGCUAAGCAAGCCUCUUGGAAAUGGCUUCUUCAUAGAUACUCUAUCCACCACCACUGGACCUUCUUCCCUCGCAUAACCAUCCUCGCUCAAGCCUUCUGCUUGUCUGUAUCCCGUUCGCACUUGUUAUUACCCGGUGUCUUGGCUCUUACUUGCAGGAGAGUCGCGUGGGCGCAGCAGCAGCAAAGACCGGUUCCAAGUCAUGUUAUAGUACGUUCUCCUCAGCAGUUCUCUCUUUACAGAAUCGCCGUGAAGAUCCCUCUUGUUAUCAUCUCUACUCUGCUUCUCUCCGCGGUGAAGAGUGUGGUUCUGUUAGGGAGAGCUCUCUAUUUAGCUCUUCUGCUCUCUCCUAAUCUCGCAAUGGCGUUGUUGGAGUUCUCAUGCGGGCCACGGUUCAGGAAGCUAAGGCACGAGGUCCUCCAUCGAACUCUGGAGAAAGCUGGUCCUGCUUUCAUCAAGUUCGGUCAAUGGAUCGCCACGAGACCUGACCUGUUCUCCAAGGAUCUCUGUUUGCAUCUUUCGAAGCUUCACAGUAACGCUCCCGAGCACAGCUUCGAGUUCACCAAAAGAACUAUCGAAAGAGCGUUCGGUCGUAAGAUCUCUGAAAUAUUCGAGGAGUUUGACCAGGCCCCGGUGGCCUCGGGGAGCAUAGCUCAAGUUCAUAGAGCCACUCUCAAGUUUCAGUAUCCAGGACAAAAGGUUAAGUCCUCUGAAGUCGCUGUUAAAGUCAGACACCCUUGCGUUGAGGAGACGAUGACGAGAGACUUUAGGAUAAUCAAAAUGGCUGCCAAGUUGACUACUUUCGUUCCGGGUCUGAACUGGCUUAGGUUGGAUGAGUGUGUGCAGCAGUUUAGCCUCUACAUGUUGUCUCAAGUCGAUCUCUCGAGGGAAGCUUCUCAUUUGAGUCGGUUUAUAUACAACUUCCGUGGAUGGAAAGAUGUCUCUUUCCCUAAGCCUGUCUUCCCUCUUGUUCAUCCCUCUGUUUUGGUUGAGUCGUUCGAGCACGGUGAGAGCGUGGCUCGUUAUGUGGAUGGACCAGAAGGACAUGAAUGGCUUAAGUCUAAAGUAGCUCAUAUUGGAACCAAUGCUCUCUUGAAGAUGCUCCUGGUGGACAACUUCGUUCAUGCAGAUAUGCAUCCUGGGAACAUUCUUGUGAGGAAGAACGGUGCUAAAAGAGGUCUGUUCAGAUCGAAGAAGCCGCACAUUAUUUUUCUUGAUGUAGGGAUGACUGCAGAGCUCUCGAAAACAGACAGAGACAACCUACUCGGUUUUUUCAAGGCGGUUGCACGUAGAGAUGGUCGGACGGCAGCUGAACGAACACUUAAGUUAUCUAAACAACAGAAUUGUCCUAACCCGGAGGCCUUUGUCGAGGAAGUAGAAGAAGCGUUUAGAUUCUGGGGAACAGCAGAAGGAGAAGCAGUUCAUCCAGCAGAUUGUAUGCACGAGUUAUUCGAGAAGAUGAGGAAUCAUAGAGUUAAUAUCGACGGCAAUGUGUCCACCGUGAUGUUUACAACAUUAGUUCUCGAGGGUUGGCAACGGAAGCUGGAUCCGGGAUAUGAUAUAAUGCGGACGCUACAGAAAAUGCUGCUAAAAACGGAUUGGAUGAAGUCACUUUCCUACACGGUCGAUGGACUGAUGGCUCCCUAGAUUUUUUUAAAAAGGUUUAUUUUUUUCAUUAUUAUUAUUAUUAUUAUUAUUAUUAUUUUGUACACGUUUGAAUCCCUUUUGAGAGCCAACUCUUGUUUUGGCCUAGGAGUUGAUGAAACACCAUCUUUUACAGGAAGUAAAAUGAAAGAUAAAAUCAAAUUUUGUUUUCCAUCUGA